GUGGGCAAAACUGUUGUGCAAUCUAUUGCAGUAUUUAGGUAUCUCUUGGAAAGCCCUGAAGUCUUGAUCAGACCACUGGAUUGCGUGGACAAUGAGUGACCUAGAAUAUGAUGGUCAAAUCAAGAAGAAAUGUCUGCCUACUCUCCCUCCGUGUAAAGUCUGUGGGGAGCACGCGUCAGGGUUUCAUUAUGGAGUGAACUCUUGUGGUGCUUGCAAAGUAAGUUGGGUUCGUUUUGUUGGGUUCGUAACUUUUGUUGAGUUCGUAAGUUUUGUUGAAUUCGUAACUUUUGUUGAGUUCGUAAGUUUUGUUGAAUUCGUAAGUUUUGUUGGGUUCGUUACUUUUGUUGAAUUCGUAAGUUUUGUUGGGUUCGUUACUUUUGUUGAAUUCGUAAGUUUUGUUGGGUUCGUUACUUUUGUUGAAUUCGUAAGUUUUGUUGGGUUCGUUACUUUUGUUGAAUUCGUAAGUUUUGUUGGGUUCGUUACUUUUGUUGAAUUCGUAAGUUUUGUUGGGUUCGUUACUUUUGUUGAAUUCGUAAGUUUUGUUGGGUUCGUAAGUUUUGUUGGUUUCGUAAGUUGUGUUGGGUUCGUAAGUUUUGUUGGUUUCGUAAGUUGUGUUGGGUUUCUAAGUUUUGUUGGGUUCGUAAGUUUUGUUGGGUUCGUCACUUUUGUUGGGUUCGUAAGUUUUUUUGGGUUCGUAAGUUUUGUUGGGUUCGUAAGUUUUGUUGGGUUCGUAAGUUUUGUUGGGUUCGUAAGUUUUGUUGGGCUCGUCACUUUUGUUGGGUUCGUAAGUUUUGUUGGGUUCCUUUGUUCGUAGCGUUCCUUUAUUUCGUAGGGUACUUUUGUUUCGUAGGGUUCGUUAGCUUCGUUAGGUUGGGUUCGUUACUUUUGUUGGGGUGCUCGUUAGUUUAGUUGGGUACUUCAUUUUUGUUUACGAACUCAUUUUUAAAAUAAAUGUCUGAUCGUUGAGUCGGUUUCCAGUAACACGUCAUGAAUGUCUUGUGAACGGGGGAUGUUCUACGAAAUGUUGCUUGUGCUUGCAGGGCUUCUUCCUGAGAAGUUUGGCCAGGACGGAGCCCUACACCUGUUUGACCGGGGGACAGUGUCAAGUGGGGCCUGAAGUCAAACGACGGAAAACUUGCCAAAAAUGUCGGUUCGACAAGUGUCUCCGUCUUGGAAUGUCCAAAAAUGGUAAAUGAUAUUUCCUCUAAUCAUUGAACUGUGAACAUAAUUGGAAUCGUUUGUCCUUUUAAAAAAAAAAGUAUUUUAUUUUAAAACUGAAAUUACUUUCAGCCAUCAAAAUAGGAAGAUACACCUAUUCCAAGCGUACCCAGGAUACACUGGAGCUCAAACAACUAAAACAUGAGACAUUGGCCCAAGAAGGUAAGAACCUUGCGGUGAAUAAUACACACACGUUUCAUAUUUAAACAUAAAAUCUCAAUUUCGUCAGUUCUAUAUUUAGCUUGACAUGUGUGAAGACUUACAAAAUAUUAUUUUUAAAAAAAACAACGUAAUAGCGAAUAACGCGUUAUUACUUUUAUUUAUCUUCUAGAGGAAAGCAGUGGCUCAGAAUGUGAGAGCUCUCUCCAGAAAGGCUCUCCUGAAUCGGAUGAACACUUGCAGUCCAUACAACCUGAGUUACCCCGACUUCACCUGCUCCAGGAACGAUUAAAUAGUGGCACUUCCGGGAACACGAUAUCCUCAGAACCAACAAGAUUUUCAUGUAAACAUUCGACUAGCUAUUGGCCCAACUCUAUUCUGGAAAACGAAAGUGGCUCGACAGAUAGUGAAAGUCACGAUACAACAGAGACUGGGUCUAGAUUUGAACUAGUACCUGCGACAAAGUCACGUGUUUUGGAGUUACACUUUAACAAGAACGUGGCCAUCGAAAAGACAUUUUUAAAAAGCACAUACGGCAAUUUUUCAUAUUCCCCAAAGUUCAACCAACCCAAAAAGCUUGAAUUACGUUAUCUUGGUGGAGCAGGGGAGGAUUUUCACCAACGGAACGAGUGGGACGCUGAUGUAAGGGCGCUAUCGAUCCCCUCCGAUGACCUGAAAGAGAAAGCGUUAUCGUGUGAACUUUUGAAUGAACAUCUGGAAAUCGAUGAAUGGGAAGAUAAAGAAGAAGAAGAAGAUGAAGAAAUAUGUGAGCACACCAGAGAUGUGUUGCCUUGGUCGUCCGAGUUCACCGAGCAUCAACUCCACGAGUGGAUUCAGGCGCUGCUCAACUACCACAACACCAACGUCUUUGACAACAACUCCUACGACAAGGCGAAGCUGAAGGAAAGAACAGAUUUGGUUUAUGUAAGUCAUGUCCCUUUUUAUUAUAUGCACUUGGAUAGUUCUGCUGUGGGUAACACUGUCUUUUAAAAAAAAAACAUUUAGACACGCAGUAAAUGAGACCAGAAGUCAGAUAACCAAUCGAGGAAGGGCUUUUUUUUUUUAAUUAGACCACUAUACACAUAAAAAAAUAUUUUAUAAAAGUAGUAAAUUUAAGUUAUGUAACAUAAUUAGAGUGUUAAACAGAUCACUCAUACGACUUUUAUUGAUUCAUUUGUCUAACAUACACCCGAUCUUUUAGACUGCCAUUCACGCAAUCAUUUCAAGGGAGAUAAACUUAGACUGCUAUUCACGCAAUCAUUUCAAGGGAGAUAAACGUAUUUAAAAGAUACUACAAACAAUUAUUAUUCAAAGACUAACUUGAUAAAUAACAUCAUGAUACAUCUCAAAAUUAGACUAACACGUGUAAUCAAUUAGACCAAAUCUUGUAAUCAGUUAGACUAGCACUUGAAAUCACUGAGACCAACACGUGUAAUCAAUUAGACCAAAUCUUGUAAUCAGUUAGACUAGCACUUGAAAUCACUGAGACCAAUAAUAAUAAUAAUAAUAAUAAAGUUCAUUUCAAAAACACGCUUCAUCCCCAAAGGCUCGAAGCGCGGUACAAAGUCAACAAAAAAUAUCUAUAAUUCACCACAUUUAAAACAAACGCAACACUACAAAAACUAAUUACAAGCAUACAAUAUCAAAGUCUUUCUAGCCAUUUCAACCCGGAGCAACACAGCAACACAAGGAAAAUAAGGUAGACAAUCAUCCCAGAAGGUAUUUGCGAAAUAGAUGUGUCUUCAGAUCUGUUUUAAAGGACUCCAGUGUCUGGUUGUUUCUAAGAUCGACAGGAAGGGCGUUCCAAAUUGUUGGACCAGCAAAUGCGAAAGUGCGCUUUCCGUAAGUCUCAAGGCAAACACGUGGUGUCGAGAGUUUGCCACUAUCGGAUGAGCGGAGCUCUCUAGUGGGUACAUAAGGCGUCAGCAGCUCUUUCAGAUAGGACGGCGCCAGGUCAUGUAAGCAGCGGUAGCACAAAGUUGCGAUUUUGUACUCCAUGCGAGCACGCACUGGCAGCCAGUGCAGCUCUCUCAGAAGUGUUUUUGCAUGGUCAAACUUGCGUUUGCGGAGAACAAUGCGAGCCGCAUUAUUCUGUGCUAUUUGAACUUUAUCCAGGAGCGUAGCUGGAAGACCCACCAUAAGAGCAUUGCAAUAGUCCAUGCGUGAUAGCACAAAUGCAGACAUCAGCCUCUUUGUUGCAUCAAUUGUUAGGAAGGGCCUGAUGUGACUAAUCCUGCGCAGCUCUAGAAAAAUCGCCUUGCAUAGCAUGUUAAUAUGACUUUCAAAAGUUAGUCUUCCAUCUAGGUAGACACCCAGGUACCGCACUGUUUGAGCUAACUCAAUACGCACACCUGAGAGAGUAAUGGAUGUAGUGUUAUUUGCAGAUUUCUGCUUCUGAGCGGUCGCGAUGGGGAGCAGCUCAGUCUUAUCAUCAUUUAAUUUGAGCUUGUUUAUGGUCAUCCAGUGCUUAACCGACUCCAUUGUCUUCUGUGUCAUACUGAGCAGCUGAGGGAACUGAGAAGGGAUCACGGAUUGAUGAAGUUGUGUAUCGUCCGCGUACAUGUGAUACAACAUGUCAAACUGCCUGAUCUCUGCGCUCAGGGGCUGAAUGUACAUCGUGAAGAGCACCGGGCCUAGGACCGAGCCCUGGGGUACUCCGAAUUCAAUAUUAGAUUUCUUCGAAGUCAAGCCGUUUGAAAUAACAGACUGCACACGAUUAGUCAGAUAUGAUCGGAACCAACACAGGACGGUAUCAGUGAGACCGAACGUUUGUUGCAAACGCUGGAGCAGUAUGCCGUGGUCGAGCGUAUCGAAAGCUGCCGAUAAAUCGAGUAAAGACAAAAUCGAUACCCUGCCCUCAUCACAAGACGACAGAAGGUGUAAUCAAUUAGACCAAAUCUUGUAAUCAGUUAGACUAGCACUUGAAAUCACUGAGACUAACACGUGUAAUCAAUUAGACCAAAUCUUGUAAUCAGUUAGACUAGCACUUGAAAUCACUGAGACCAACACGUGUAAUCAAUUAGACCAAAUCUUGUAAUCAGUUAGACUAGCACUUGAAAUCACUGAGACCAACGCGUGUGAUCAAUUAGACCAAAUCUUGUAAUCAGACUAGCACUUGAAAUCACUGAGACCAACACGUGUAAUCAAUUCGACCAGCACGUGUAAUCGAUUCGACUAAUAAACUAAACCUCUCCAGAACGAGCACCGACUCCAAGAGACCACAUUUGGCCAACUCAAGGCCUUGGACCGGGAGCUUUACUUUGAGAUCUAUAAAUCUACAGGCCUGGACGUGGAUGGCAGGAGGACGUUACUCUCCAGUUUCCUUCUUGGGUAAGCACUCACCUUGGUGUUGUUUAACUGUAGAACAAUACUUUCUGUUGAGUCUUAAGCAGUGGCGUAGAGAGGGGUGGUCCACCGUGGCAGGAAAAUGGUUUUUCUUUAAAUGGUUGGGAGGGCAUUUUCAGCCAAUGGCAGAGGGUUUUUUCUCUAAAGGAGGAGGCGACAAUCGUGUCCCAUCAUUGGGCUGCACCUACCCUAGCUACGCCACUGUACUUAUGGAAAUGGACUCAACGAUUACUUUGUUCAACUGAGUAUAUUUUAAAUUGAAUGAUUCACUGAUAGGCAGACCAUAGGAUAGGCUCAGAAUAGUGUUCGUAAUUUUGCAAACUCACAGUCAGUUAGAGAGUAUACGAGUACUUGUACGAACUCAUAGUCCGUUAGAGAGUAUACGAGUACUUGUACGAACUCAUAGUCAGUUAGAGAGUAUACGAGUACUUGUACGAACUCAUAGUCAGUUAGAGAGUAUACGAGUACUUGUACGAACUCAUAGUCAGUUAGAGAGUAUACGAGUACUUGUAGAGUAUACGAGUACUUUUACGAACUCACAGUCAGUUAGAGAGUAUACGAGUACUUGUACGAACUCAUAGUCAGUUAGAGAGUAUACGAGUACUUGUACGAACUCAUAGUCAGUUAGAGAGUAUACGAGUAUUUGUACGAACUCAUAGUCAGUUAGAGAGUAUACGAGUACUUGUCCGAACUCAGUCAGUUAGAGAGUAUACGAGUACUUGUACGAACUCACAGUCAGUUAGAGAGUAUACGAGUACUUGUACGAACUCACAGUCAGUUAGAGAGUAUACGAGUACUUGUACGAACUCACAGUCAGUUAGAGAGUAUAUGAUAUCAAUGACAAAGUUGCAAAAUGGGACAACAAAAGAUGUUUACCUUUUUUUUUAAAAUAUAUCUACAUAAACGUUAAAACUGUCCAAGGAAGAUACAUCAAAUGUUUCUAUUCCAUACGUAGAAAUUGAUAUUUUUUUUUAAAAAAGCCUAUAUCGAAGUUCAAAAGUUCAAAGUUGACACAAAAAGGCUUUAAAGGGCUAACACAUGGGGCAAGGGUGGGCGGGCUAGGGUGGGGCAGUGUUGGUAUGUUUGUACUUAAGCAUAAAGUUUAAGGUAACCCUAAAGUGAAAUGCUGUGUAAAAAGUUACGAAUGGAAGGGAUAAAACUUUGUAGAAAAAUAUUUUAAAAAAUGACACUUAUUGCCCUUGAGUUACAUGAUUGUAAGUCUUUUUUUUUUACUUGCGCAUUCGAAGCUGCUUAAUUUUAUUUAAUAAAACCCAAGAGUUCAUUACCACAAAUUAUCAGCAGAAUGUUUUUAGAUGAUUGCAGUGUUAUAUAUAUUCAACCAUAAAGUAUCAAAUUGAUCACAUUGAUUUUGUUCUGAAGCAUCCACAAUGAGAUAUCUACUGUUAUCAAGUUCUUCAAGCAGAUCCCAGGCUUUCGGGAACUUCCGAUGAGUGACCAAAUUCUUCUGGUCAAAGGUAAGCAGACAUUUUGUUAAUAAAAAAAUGUAUAGUCCUCUUUAAAAGUAUUUGUGUCAUUUAUAAAUAAGUAGAUAAUAGUAAAAUGGAUGGAAAAGUAAACAUCUCUAACGAAGUUAAAGUUUUUGGUAUAAAUCUUUUAUAUGCAUUUUGUAUUAUUUUAUUUUAAAGUAAUAGUCAAAUACCCCACUCGCUUUUAAACCUCAGAUUUAUUUCACCAACUAUUUCAGGAAAACAAAAUAAAAUCUUACGCACCAAACGCGAUAUAUUGUUUUAAAGAAUCUCCUUUAGCGCAGUUAUCGGGAAUAUUAUUUCAUGAAAUCAUAAUCUCUACAUUUUAACUUUAAAAAACAGUAAAAACUGAUUUAUUUAUUUUUAUUUAUUUAUUUUUUUUUUGGGGGGGGGGGGUGGUGGGUAGGACUGAACAAUUGAAAGAAUGUGUUACCGUUGGCAACAUGUAUAUGUGCAAAAUUUCAGCUUCUUUAAAAAACAGUAAAAACUGAUUUAUUUAUUUUUAUUUAUUUAUUUUUUUUUUGGGGGGGGGGGGUGGGGGGUAGGACUGAACAAUUGAAAGAAUGUGUUACCGUUGGCAACAUGUAUAUGUGCAAAAUUUCAGCUCGAUAGGGAGACGGUAAGUGGGUCAAUUAACCGACCGAAGAUUGUGCCACCCACCAAGAAACACACGAACAAAACCGAAGUUAAUAUAAUGGAAAUAAACAGGAUAUUUUUUUUCUUACAAUUUAUAAAACUCCUUGCUAAUAUUUUAAUCUAUUUUAUUUCUUUUACUUUAAAUAUUGACGAUUGAAACACGAACAAUGGUGUUAUAAUUGCUUAGUCGAACAAUGUCCUUUAACUAGGACAGAAUACGGGUCUCAAACGGGGCAGUGCGAGUCAUCUCUACUGAAUGUUCACAAUACGUAGAUGAAGCUCCAUGGAGGUGAACUUCCAACUGAAUACCUAGGUGAAACGUGACGGUGUGAAUUCUAUUUUCUACAGGGUGUUCUCAUGAGUAUCAGAUUCUCAGUCUAUACCGGGGCUGGGACAAUAAGACCCGGUGCAUGACAUUCUCUCCCUUGGGGGAAACACUCACCGAGCAAGAUCUAAGGGUAGGUACAAAUAAUGGUUCAAUUGUUCAACCGGAAUAUCAUGUCCACUACAUCCUUCAUUACCUUACAUAUAGCCCCACUUCUCUCAUGUACUCUCAAUACCGUUAUUACAAAUAACUCCCUACCUUACUCUCUCUCCUUCCUUCCUAUCUCUCUCUCUCUCUCUCUCUCUCUCUCUCUCUCUCUCUUUCUCUAUCUCUAUCACUAUAUAUCUAUCUCUCUUUCUCUCGCCAUCUCUCACUUUUAAUUUUCACCACUCUACACAAAUCACGACCAUGAACCAUCACUGCGAGCAUCCAUCAUAAUAACUCAGUAAUUUAUCCCCAUCACAUCCUCAUCCUUAACGAUUAUUCCUCAUCCCUCUCUACCAUUUCCAUCAAACCAUCAACAUUCUUUAUUAUAGAUCAGCUACUAAAUACCAUCAAAAUGCAUUCGACACUCUAACAAUCCGUAUGUCAUGUGUUCCACAUCUCGACUUCCUUUCAGAAAGUCUUCCCCGAUGAGGCUCUGUCUGCUCACAUUGACAUGGCCGUGGCCUUGCAAAAGUUGGACCUGACCGUGGAGCAGAUCAUCAUUCUGAAAGCAAUCGUGGCCACUGCACCAGGUGAGUCAGUUUAGUCGAUAACUUCUUCAUUUUGUUUUUUAUUUAGCUGGAUGCGAAGUUGUUGUUCUUAUUGGCAAAAGCUCGCAAGCCAAGUAAGACACAAGUAAUACAAAAGUAAGACAAAAGUAAGACAAAAGUAAGAAACAAGUAAGACACAGGUAAGACAAAUGUUUGGGGAGACACGGUAACUCUUGGUUAAAUAACAUCAAUGACCAAAGUCAUAAACAAGGACAGUUUAUUGGCGUACAGGGCCAGACUAGGAUUAGCUGAGGCCUUAACCUAUGCACAUUUCAGCGGUCCUCUACCGUUUUAAGUGACAUCAGAGGGUCAAAGUAAAAAUUUCAAAUCAUAUGACCUUUUACAUCUAGUUUAGUGAUGCGCACAGCGGAUACUUUUUGUGUCAACUCUUUGAAAACCAUUAAAUAAUGCACAAAAUAUAGUGUAAUACAACGUAAAAUAAUGCACAAAAUAUAGUGUAAUACAACGUAAAAUAAUGCACAAUAUAUAGUGUAAUACAACGUUAAUUAAUGCACAAAAUAUAGUGUAAUACAACAUUAAUUAAUGCACACAAUAUAGUGAAAUACAACGUUAAAUAAUGCACAAAAUAUAGUGUAAUACAACGUUAAUUAAUGCACAAAAUAUAGUGUAAUACAACGUUAAUUAAUGCACAAAAUAUAGUGUAAUACAACGUUAAAUAAUGCACAAAAUAUAGUGAAAUACAACGUUAAAUAAUGCACAAAAUAUAGUGUAAUACAACGUUAAUUAAUGCACAAAAUAUAGUGUAAUACAACGUUAAUUAAUGCACAAAAUAUAGUGUAAUACAACGUUAAUUAAUGCACAAAAUAUAGUGUAAUACAACGUUAAUUAAUGCACAAAAUAUAGUGUAAUACAACGUUAAAUAAUGCACAAAAUAUAGUGUAAUACAACGUUAAUUAAUGCACAAAAUAUAGUGUAAUACAACGUUAAUUAAUGCACAAAAUAUAGUGAAAUACAACUUUAAAUAAUGCACAAAAUAUAGUGAAAUACAACUUUAAAUAAUGCACAAAAUAUAGUGUAAUACAACGUUAAUUAAUGCACAAAAUAUAGUGAAAUACAACGUAAAAUAAUGCACAAAAUAUAGUGUAAUACAACGUUAAUUAAUGCACAAAAUAUAGUGUAAUACAACGUUAAUUAAUGCACAAAAUAUAGUGUAAUACAACGUUAAUUAAUGCACAAAAUAUAGUGUAAUACAACAUUAAUUAAUGCACAACAGUGACACACACAGUAACAUGAAACAGUUACACCGCACAGUGACAUCAAACAGUGACACCGCACAGUGACACCGGACAGUAACAUCAAACAGUGACACCGCACAGUGACACCACACAGUAACAUCAAACAGUGACACCGCACAGCAACACCACACAGUAACAUCAAACAGUGACAUCAAAAAAGACACCGCAAAGUGACACCACACAGCAACAUCAAACAGGGACACCACAUAGUGUCACCACACAAUAACAUCAAGCAGGGACACCACACUGUUUCUUGUUGUUCAUAAGAACACGUUUAGCGUUCCAACAAUUCUUUUUCAGACAUCAGUAUCACACUUUUCAGUGCAGCAGAGAAAAAAAGUUGAUGUUGCUAACUGUUGCUUUAACAGUCUUGUUAAUUCUGUUACAGCAGUCAGCAUUAUUUCAAUAAUAAGACAGUUCGUUUAUAAAAAUUAAAAUAAUUGAAGCCAUGCCAGUCUUCUGACAAUUUAAUUUUCAGCAUUGUAUUUAGUUGUUUUUUUAAUCUAUAUUUAAAACUUAUUUUCUCGUUAACCGAUUUUGUGUUUAUCUAUACCAUUUUUAUAAUUUUAUUUGACAUUCACUCUAUUUUUUAGAUAGUUAUUACUUACUUAAUUUUUAAACUAUUUUUAGAAAAACGAUGUAAAACUUAAAAAAAAUUUGGAUACCUAAGAUCACAUCCCACCCACUUUAUCACAGAUACCUAAGAUCACAUCCCACCCACUUUAUCACAGAUACCUUUGAUCAGCUCGAUCAAGGUGAAUUCUUUCUCUUAAAGUUAGGACAGAAAGAUAUAACAAAUUAUUUUAAUCCCCAGUCUGUAUGAAUUUACCAGAGUGCUCCCCAAGCGGUUACCAUAUCUAAAUGAUCACUAAUGUAGUCAUUAUUGUCACUAAAGAUAUAUAUUUUGGGCAGUUUUUCUAGGCUAAAGAAAUAGAUGUCUUGUACUUACUGUUUUGUAAAAUGUUAUAAUUUUUUAAAAUAUGUAUUUAUUGAUGGCCUGAAAAUUAAACCGUACAAUGUCAUAAAAAAAACAUUUCCUUUUACACGGAUAAGCAAAGAAUCCCAUCUCAUCUUUUCUUAAUGUGUGUUGACCUUUCAUUCAUGUGUGUUGACCUCUCAUUAAUGUCUGUAGACCUUUCAUUAAUGUGUGUGGACCUUUCAUUAAUGUGUGUUGACCUUUUAUUAAUGUGUGUGGACCAUUCAUUAAUGUGUGUUGACCUCUCAUUAAUGUGUGUUGACCUUUCAUUAAUGUGUGUUGGCCUUUCAUUAAUGUGUGUGGACCUUUCAUUAAUGUGUGUUGACCUUUCAUUAAUGUGUGUUGACCUUUCAUUUAUGUGUGUGGACCUUUCAUUAAUGUGUGUGGACCUUUCAUUAAUGUGUGUGGACCUUUCAUUAAUGUGUGUGGACCUUUCAUUAAUGUGUGUGGACCUUUCAUUCAUGUGUGUUGACCUUUCAUUCUGGCAGAUCGUGAUGAGCUGGCAUCCGAGGAACUCGUGGCCGCCAUCCAUUGGAAGCUGGUCAACUGUCUACUGUUGCUACUGUGGAAGCAGGGUCGGCACCCACUCCAAAAGUUUGGUCAAAUCAUGUCUGUACUGACCGAGAUGAGAAAAUACAGCGUCUUCAUUCGGUCAUCCUACACGAACAUUCGGUCAGACGUGGAGGAGCUGACCGGAAGAGUCAACCUACCGUUUAUUUAUGAACUUUUCUUUUAAUGUGUUCAUUUCGCAGCAUUCAUUGUGACGGGGAGGGGGCGGGGGAGGUGGGAGUAGGGAGGCGUAAUGAAGCCUUUUCCCCGGGGUUUGACACUCUAAAUUCUAAUUCAGUCUUAAAAUAUAAAUUAAUCAAUUACAAAUUGUGAGAAAUCAGACCAAUCCAGGCCCUUUUCCCCAAUUUUACCCCACCCCGUCUGAAUCAGUCAAUGCUACAGGUAGCAGAAGUCUUUUCUUUAAAAAAACCAACAACAUGUCUUUUGUGUCCUGGUAAAUGCAUGACACGAAUUUGUAAGUGUUUCCAAGUGAAAUAUAGAAUGUGACCUCACGUGACAUUAACAGACCAUCAUAAAGCCACGAGACGGUGCGUAGUAAUAAAAUCUAUGACAUCGUUGGCUGACAUAAAGUAUCAUAAAAAUGACAUCAUAUUCAGUCAAGACUGGUGACAUCACGUGACAGUAGAAGGCCGUAACAUGACAAGCUGGAGUAGCCGUGAUGAUGACAUCACGUGACCACAUCAUGUCAAUGUUAGCAGUGCAUGCCGCAGGCUCUCUAUUGAGGACUGCUUCGCUUUAUUGUGACAUGUAGGUUGUAUGAGAGAUAAAUUAAAUGUUUGUUUUUACAUUUAUUCUUUACUCUUUGCGUGUAAAAAUAAAUUUCUAAG